CCCACUCAGUGCUAACAGGUAGAGACCGCGGCCCUCCUCUCCGUCUCCCAUUGAUACACACUCAGAAGCCCUCGCUCACCCCACACCCUCGGGUCACAGGCGACAUCUUGCAGCCGGGCCCUCCCCCCAAGAGGCGGGGGGAGGAUGCAGACUCUCCUCCACGGGGAGCAAGCCGUGCCUCCAUGCGCCCUGGACAGGUAGUCAAGUAGCUAAAUGGAGUCUGAACAGCUAUUCCAAAGAAGUUACUAUCGCAACAGUUACAACAGCAUUACAAGUGCAAGCAGUGAUGAAGAGCUUCUUGAUGGAGCUGGUGGGAUGAUGGACUUCCAUACAUUGGAAGACGACAACUUGCUAGAUGGUGAUGCGUCCAUGGUUUCUUCACAUCUUCCAGGAACCCAUUACACAAUGACGAACGGAGGUGCCAUCAAUAGCUCCACUCACCUGCUGGAUCUCCUAGAUGAGCCAAUUCCAGGAGUUGGCACUUAUGAUGACUUUCAUACCAUAGACUGGGUGCGGGAAAAAUGUAAAGACAGAGAGCGUCACCGGCGGAUAAACAGUAAGCGAAAAGAAUCUGCGUGGGAGUUAACGAAAAGCCUGUAUGAUGCCUGGUCGGGAUGGCUGGUUGUUACACUAACUGGUUUAGCAUCAGGUGCUCUGGCAGGCUUAAUUGACAUUGCGGCAGACUGGAUGGCUGAUUUGAAGGAAGGGAUUUGUAUGGGAGCUUUCUGGUAUAACCAUGAACAGUGCUGCUGGAGAUCCACUGAGUCAACAUUUGAAGAGCGAGACAAGUGCCCUCAGUGGCAAACAUGGGCAGAUCUCAUAAUAGGCCAAGCAGAAGGUCCUGGAUCGUAUAUAAUGAACUACAUAAUGUAUAUUUUCUGGGCUUUAAGCUUUGCUUUCCUGGCGGUCUCUCUAGUAAAAGUAUUUGCACCUUAUGCCUGCGGUUCAGGAAUUCCAGAGAUUAAAACCAUUUUGAGUGGAUUCAUCAUCCGAGGAUAUCUAGGAAAAUGGACAUUAAUGAUCAAAACAGUCACUCUGGUUCUUGCAGUGGCUUCGGGCCUCAGCUUAGGAAAAGAAGGUCCUUUGGUACACGUGGCAUGUUGCUGUGGAAAUAUAUUUUCCUACCUCUUUCCUAAGUACAGCACAAAUGAAGCAAAGAAGAGGGAGGUGUUGUCCGCUGCAUCAGCAGCAGGAGUAUCUGUGGCUUUUGGGGCUCCUAUAGGUGGGGUUCUUUUUAGUUUAGAAGAGGUGAGUUACUACUUUCCUCUGAAGACAUUAUGGAGGUCUUUCUUUGCAGCCCUGGUAGCUGCGUUCAUCUUAAGGUCCAUUAACCCAUUUGGAAACAGUCGCCUUGUCCUGUUCUACGUAGAGUAUCACACUCCUUGGUACCUGUUUGAACUCAUCCCGUUUAUCCUCUUGGGUGUAUUUGGGGGAUUGUGGGGAGCCUUUUUCAUCCGUGCAAACAUUGCUUGGUGUCGGCGUCGUAAGACAACAAGGUUUGGGAAAUAUCCUGUUCUGGAGGUCAUCGUGGUGGCUGCCAUCACUGCAGUUAUUGCUUUCCCUAAUCCAUACACCCGCUUUAACACCAGCCAGCUGAUAAAAGAGCUCUUCACAGACUGUGGUCCCUUGGAAUCCUCUACUCUUUGUGACUAUAAAAAUGCUAUGAACGCCACCAAGUCUGUGGAUGCUACACCGGACAGUCCUGCAGGCGCGGGGGUCUAUGCAGCCAUGUGGCAGCUUUGUUUGGCUCUCGUGUUUAAGAUUAUCAUGACAGUCUUUACCUUUGGCAUCAAGGUUCCUUCAGGUUUGUUCAUUCCAAGCAUGGCAAUUGGAGCCAUAGCUGGAAGGAUUGUGGGCAUAGCUGUGGAACAGCUGGCUUAUUACCAUCAUGACUGGUUUAUCUUCAAGGCAUGGUGUGAAGUUGGGGCAGAUUGCAUCACCCCUGGGCUUUAUGCUAUGGUUGGCGCGGCAGCAUGUCUGGGUGGUGUAACCCGGAUGACCGUGUCCCUUGUAGUCAUAGUAUUUGAACUGACUGGAGGUCUGGAGUACAUUGUCCCUCUCAUGGCAGCAGUGAUGACAAGUAAGUGGGUAGGAGACGCCUUUGGAAGGGAAGGUAUCUAUGAAGCACACAUACGUCUCAAUGGAUAUCCCUUCUUGGACGCGAAGGAGGAAUUCACACACACUACUCUGGCUCGAGAUGUGAUGAGGCCCAGAAGAAACGAUCCCCCAUUAGCAGUUCUGACUCAAGAUAACAUGACGGUAGAUGACAUUGAAAGCUUGAUCAAUGACACAAGCUAUAACGGCUUUCCUGUCAUCAUGUCUAAAGAAUCUCAGCGCCUCGUGGGGUUUGCCUUGAGAAGGGACUUGACACUAGCAAUAGAAAAUGCCAGGAAAAAGCAGGAAGGUAUUGUUGGAAGUUCUCGGGUAUGUUUUGCUCAGCACACACCAUCCCUCCCAGCUGAAAGCCCUCGCCCCCUAAAGCUUCGCAGCAUCCUGGAUAUGAGUCCUUUCACUGUGACUGACCAUACACCAAUGGAAAUUGUGGUGGACAUUUUCCGCAAGCUGGGCCUCCGACAAUGCCUUGUGACACAUAACGGGACUGUCUUGGGAAUCAUCACAAAGAAGAACAUAUUAGAACACCUCGAGCAUCUAAAGCAGCACGUGGAACCCUUGGCGCCUCCUUGGCAUUAUCACAAAAAAAGAUAUCCUACGUCAUAUGGCCCAGAUGGCAAAUCACGAUCCAGAGUCAAUAAUGUUCAACUAAAUACAGUCUAUGAAGAAGAUCAAGAGGAGACUGAAGAAGAGGCCUUCUUGUUGAAGAACUCAAUGCCCUGAUUGGGAUGUAUUUCUGGCAAACUGGAAGCAUUGAUAUAAAGAUUUUGCUUAUUACAGAAUUCCUGCUUCCCUUCAUGCACCAUGUUAGAAGAGUGGUCAGAGCAUUGUGGCACAAACUUGGGGAAAGUGUCACUUCUGGCUCUAAAAAGUUACCAUGAAGGGACAGUGUAGUUUUCUGGAGAUGGAGAAAUAUGGCUUAGUGAAGGGCAAUCCUGUUACCGGAGUAUUUUUAAACAAAUUUGAUCCCUAAUGCAUUUAGGGAUAACCCUUUAAAUGAGCCAUCGUCAUUCAAGACUUGCUAUACUUUUUAACAUUGGAGGAAUAUUAUGGUGUUUAUGCUGUCAACUGUGUGAUUACUACGCCACUUUUUGUACAUUCCGAGACCGAAUUAAUUUUCUUUAUAUCCCACCCCUUCCUUUAUCUCACUUACAUGAUUAGACUCCUUAAGGAGACACUUAAAGCAGUAAAGUCUCAUAUUGAGAUGUAGUGUGAUUUUUUAUUUUUUUAUUUUUCCAUUUUUCAUGAGUCACCAUACACAAGAAUGUGUUUUCUUGUGCCAUACAACAUUCAUGUAGGUAGAAACACUGCUAAAACUGCCAAUUCCUACACAGGGAAUACAGUUCAAAUGACUGCUACAGCUGUCAAAAAAUUGAUCUGUUCAAGCAACACCUUUAUACUCCUUUCAGUGGAAUCUAUUGAUUUAUGCAAUGUUAUUUCCUUGUAGCUGGAACCCUUAAAUCAACUGAAGUUUGGCAGUGUUAAGGCUACUUAUUGGAUAUUUAAACAGGCUCACCCUGUUACAGCUAUAGUAGUCUUUAUGUAUGACCCACUAACCCUUUAAUUGCCAUAUGGCUGUUAACAACCCUGGAAUUGAAAGGGUAAAGUCCCAUUGUGAUGCUAAAAGCUGUAGCUGAGAUCCAAAAAACACCAAAACCACAGUUUUAUUUUUUUUCCAGUAACUUGGUGGGGGUGGGAAUUUAGUGAACAGUGAAAACUCCAUUAUUAUUAUUUUGUGGGAGUUUUUGUCCCAAGAUGGUGGACAGACUUCAGUCUCUCAUCUUCUCCUCCUUAAUAUUGAGACAUAUAUAUCAAAUGCUGAUCUGUGUUAGUAGAAAAAGAACACUGUAACACUGGAUGGUAUUCUACUUGAACUUAAAAUCAGUCAUAACAAUUUCAGGGACUGGAUAAUCUUAAUGCUAACAAGAGUGACAUGAUUCGUAACUUGCACUAAAAUGUACAUCUCAUACCAUUGUGAUCGUAUCUAUAGAACUGGAACAUUUUAAAUAGACUUGAAAAAUGAAAUUUACUUAUAAUUAAUUUGUUUAAUGUGAAUUUCAUGAAUACAUUGAAGAAAUCAUAACAGUUGGGCAAAGGUGAGAAACAUUAACCGGCCUCAUUCAUAGAUAAUCAUUGUAGACCAUUUUCUGUUUUAAUUUUCCCCAUUGCUGCUCAUAGUCUGUAUAAUUCACAUAAAUUCAUUGGCCCCGUAUGAAGAGAAAUCUUUAUAUAGCACUAAUCACUUAAGAUUUACAUGGUUUGGAAACACACGCUGGAUUUGCUUCAUGUUUCGUAUUAAACCCAGAAAAUCUAAACUCUAAAUAAAAUAGCUCUUUAUAUUGUGAGCGCAAUAAGAUGAGGGGGCCACCAGUUUAUUUCGGGAAAAGCCAGUAUACAUCAGUGUUUUUCAGAAAACCAUUUAAAACGCCAAACCAUCAAGAUUAUUAAUAAUUAGUAAUAAGAAUCAGCAUCUUCACCGUUGUAAUGCAACAGCUGGAGGACAAGUAUAACCAGUUCUUAUCCAUUUUGAAGUCUGCAGACUGCAUCCUCUGUGUUGGCCUGUCUGUACAGCUGCUUAAGGCUUCCUUUAUUUAAAAAAAAAUGUAUUUGAAUUAUUCUAGGUGGAAAUUCAAAAAACCUUUUCUCACCCCUCCCCCAUCUUCUAAAGGCCUAGUGUUGCAAUAAAGUUUACAUUAUCCGUCUCUUUUGAAAUCUCUGCGUGAACAAAGGUGUAAUAAUGCAGUUUUGCGCUCUUAAAUAUAAUAAAAAGACCCAUUUUGGAAUAAAAUGCACUUUAGAUUGAUAAGUUCUAAUACCUUUGUAGAUGGCAUUACCGGCAAUAAAACUACAUUAUUUGAAGCUCAUCUAUAAAUGCUUCUACCUAUUGUGCGUUAAAGGUCCACUAAAGACACCCAGACCUGGGUCACCUGGCCCCUUAAUCCUGCAAACUAAAACAUUGCAGUUUUAGAGAAACUGCAAUGUUUAUAUUGCAGGUUAUGCCUGCCUAUAGUGGCUGUCCACCAAACGCUUCCUGCAGUUUCACGGAGUUUGACUCGGUGAAAUGAUGCUUGGCGACCUCACUCGUUUGCACGAGGACAUCCAGCAUUUUCCGAAUCCACAUAGGAAAGCAUUGUGUAAAUGCUUUCUUAUGGGGAAGUCCCAAUGCAUUAGUUUCUCCCAAGCAUUGAGGUGUUUAAAGUUUUUUUUUUUUUUUUUUUUUUUAGCCCUUUAUAUCGGGGAGGGGGCAGGAGGUUCCUGUAGUGUUAGGAAUACAUCUUUACACUAUAUUGCUCCUUUUAAGUUAAUUGCAGAACCCCAUAAAUUGGUGCAGAAGACCUAGUAAUCAACAGAAGUCUGUUAUAUAAAUACUAUGUUUGAUUGACAAUUCAUUGUUUUUCUAGUAAAGAUGUAUUCCGAAGAAUCCAUUAAGGUUUCUAUCAGUUGAUAUUUACUCGUCCUGCUUGUUGCAAAUAAUGAUGAUCUAAUUUCUACUAUAUUUAAUUGCCUUAUCCCUCCAAUGAAACCCCUCAGCAUGUCUACUCUCUUCAUGCUGGCGGCUCUCUCAAAUUAAUUAAAUAGAACAUUAGUUGAUAUAAACAUUCUGGGAUUAUUUACCCCAAAUACUGAAUAGUUUGAUCUAUGCUAGAAUAUCAAAUGCUGCUUUAAACAAUAUCCUAAAAUGAUGAAUGAGUUGAUGCACCCAGUUUUUAUUUGAACUACAGAGCUGUGAACACUGAGCAUACAAUCUAAAAUAAUACUUUGCUUUGUCCCUCCAGUCCUCUGAUUACACCUCCUAUUUUCAAUCUAACAUAGCAUGACUGUAAAACAAAAUUAUCUUUUUUAUGUAAACGCUAAUGUGUACACACGAUUUUCCUGUGCUAAUCAGAAGAUACUGUUUUGUUAUGUAAUAAUACUAGACAACCUUACAAUACUUACAUAAGAUACUCUGAAAAGGGGUGUUUGCUCUCAUCGCUGUUUAUAAGUUCUUCUAUGGUUCAUGAAUGCAUAAUUCUUCAAUUCGUUGAUGUUGCCUAGAACCGUAUUUAAUAUUGAUCUAAAUGUUUUAUUUAUACUAGUACGGUAGAGCUGCAUAUUACAGUAUGACAUUUUGAUGACUGCAAUGUUUGAAUAUCCAGAUAUUAAAGUCCUGUAUGAUGAA